CAUUUCAGUUUCACCAUUCUAAUUUCGUUUUCCAAUACAAUAAUUUUCAAAGGAAUCAGCUUUGAGUUUUGAGCUUUUUGGGUUUCUCCCUGCACCUAAAAUAAACGCCAGAAAAAAAAAAACAAUUCUCAUAGGGGUCGCCACCAAACCAAGACCCCCCUACGCUGCUUUGAAUUUUCUUAAGGAAGAAAAGGCAAAGUCCUCCGUUUUCUCCCCCACGUGUUUUGUUGGCGAUCACGCGGGUUUUAACACCUCUCUUUCUUUGUUUCCUGUGCGAAGAAGAAGGGUUUGGGUUUUGUGUGGGUGAGAAGCCAUUUUCUCGUGCUUUCAAUUUUUUUUUGUCACAGGGAUCUCAUUCGUGCCUUCUUUGAUUCCCCCCAGCAGGUUCCUGGCUUCUUCACUUUCAGGAGGCCAGAGAGAAACCCAGUGACUCACUCCUGCAGUUGCAUGCUACAAUUAGAGUCUGGUACUUUGGAGAAGAUAUGGGAAUCUUUUCACGCAGUUCGAAUAGUCGGAAAUCAAAAGAUGGAAUGAAGAUCAUUGCAGCAGCUUUUUUUGGUGUAACUUUUGGCUUUCUCAUUGGAAUAUCUUUUCCAUCAUUGUCAAUCACUAAGGUGAAUCUCCCAACAAAAUUUCUUGCUUCAAACGAUCUCUCAUACAUAGAGGAAAAGGGUUCGGCCAUUGCAACUCCAGAUAGUCAUAAAUCUUGGUCUUCAUCAAAGAGUAACGAUACCAGCUCAUCUGCUCCAAUCGACAAAUCACAGAUAUGGGUUCCUUCAAAUCCUCGUGGUGCUGAGAGAUUGCCACCUGGUAUAGUUGCUGCUGAAUCAGACUUCUAUUUGCGCAGAUUAUGGGGCUUACCUCAUGAGGAUUUGACCAGGCAACCAAGAUACCUCGUGACGUUUACUGUUGGUAUUAAACAGAAACAAAAUAUCGAUGCUUGUGUCAAAAAGUUUUCAGAGAACUUCACUAUUCUCCUGUUUCAUUAUGACGGCCGAGUAACUGAGUGGGAUGAGUUUGAAUGGUCCAAGACUGCUAUACACAUUAGUGUCAGAAAGCAAACAAAAUGGUGGUAUGCAAAGAGGUUCUUGCACCCUGAUAUUGUAGCACGAUAUGAUUAUAUAUUCAUCUGGGAUGAAGACCUUGGGGUCGAGCAUUUUAAUGCCGAAGAGUACAUAAAGCUCGUGAAGAAGCAUGGCCUGGAGAUUUCUCAACCUGGCUUGGAACCAAACAAGGGGUUAACAUGGCAGAUGACAAAGAGAAGAGGAGAUCUUGAAGUCCACAAGAUAACAGAAGAAAAACCUGGAUGGUGCUCAGAUCCUCACCUCCCUCCAUGUGCUGCAUUCGUUGAGAUCAUGGCUCCUGUAUUUUCAAGAGACGCCUGGAGAUGCGUGUGGCAUAUGAUCCAGAAUGAUUUGGUUCACGGUUGGGGACUUGACUUUGCACUCAGAAGAUGUGCUGAGCCUGCACAUGAGAAGAUAGGUGUAGUAGACUCUCAGUGGAUCGUUCAUCAAACUGUCCCUUCCCUUGGCAGCCAAGGUGAGGCAGUAGAUGGAAAAGCGCCAUGGCAAGGGGUGAGGGACAGAUGCAAAAAGGAAUGGACCAUGUUCCAGAGUAGAAUGGCUAACGCAGAGAAGGCUUAUUUCAAAUCUUUACAAGUUGUAGGCUCCUCCAAUACAACAGCAACCACCAUUUAAUAGGAGAGUUGUUAAAUAGUUAGGCCAGAGACGCUGACACACUGUAUUGGAUUUACAUAUAGAGUUAUGUAUAUGAUAAUGUAGUGGAUACUCAUCUAUUAGCUUACAACAAAAUCUUCCAUCGAAUAAACAAAAAAAAAUGAUGAUGUCACAAUCUUGAUCCAUUAAAUAGGAAUUCUGCA